GACUGUGCCGGAGAGAGGCCGCAGACCUGAAAAUAAGUGAAAAUCGGAAAAUUGGGUUUUGUAGGAUUAUUCCUAAUUUCUUCAAUUGUUUAAUGAUAAAAUAUUGUUUACAUGUAGAUUUAUGUGAAUCAAUACAAAGAUAUAACUAUCAAUUCCGAACACAAAAAAGGCAGACGAAACAUAAUUUACAACGAUCAAUCUAACUAAGAAGUAAUAACAAGCACUUUGGAUAAAAAAUUAGAGCGGACCACUGAAAGAACUAAAAAGGAGCAUAUAGGCAGCUAGCUACAGCAUCUUUGCAAUAAAUCGAAAUCUUUGGAGAGGGGCAUAACAUCAUCAAUAAACAAGCGCAAUGGUAUUGGAAUUUUGAAAAGUACAAAAUAAACAAAAGCAUUGUAUUGUGCUGUGACUAUACGAAUUCCAUUGCCCAUCAGUGCGGUGUGAGAAGAACGAAGAGAACUUUUGGCCCCAACUUACUGCUGAUUUUUGGGGGUGAUAAAGAGCAUCAUAGGCAGCAGGCAAACAAUACUUCCACACUUCUAAAGUAAACAACAAAGUUGAAAUACACAAAACAGUUGGAAUAAUUUAAAUGAAUUUCUAGAAGAUACAUAACUUAGAAACUAGAGAAUUGGACAUUGAAAUCUAAAGGUUCGCCGAUUGAUCUAAAUUUUUUUUGGAGGCAUUAGUAUUAAUUGGCUUAUUCUACAAAUCUCAGACAUGGAGAGCGAUUCAGUGACUGAAAGUCUGCUGCAGAAACGGGCUGCAAUAUCAUCUAUGAUAAAUGGUUCGCCGUCAGAUGGUGCUGCCAAUGGCAAAUUACAUGCCAGUGUCAAGGAUAUCAAAAGUACAAAAACUUCAUCUAAUGUUUCGGUUAAUGUUUCAACCACCGGAACAUUUAUGAAAUUAAAAACGUAUCUACUUGCAUUGAGACCCUGGUCGCUUUCGGCAAGUUUGGUACCAACACUUUUGGGCUCAGCCUUGGCAUUUCGUUCACAGUGGGCAGCUGAAUUUUCCUUCAUUACACUUUUCCUUACCAUCUUUACCGUUGUUACAGUGCAUUGCGCCGGUAACGUGGUCAAUACGUAUUUUGAUUUUAUCAAAGGAAUUGAUAAACAAAAGGCUGAUGAUCGCACAUUAGUUGAUCACAUUUUAACAAAAGAUGAGGUAGUUUCUCUUGGUGCUAUUCUCUAUAUGGCUGGAUGUGUAGGCUUCAUCUGUUUGGCCAUACUAAGUCCGGCUAAAAUGGAACAUCUAGCACUGAUAUAUUUUGGCGGUCUUUCAUCGAGUUUCCUGUAUACUGGUGGUGUUGGCUUCAAGUACAUUGCCUUGGGCGAUUUGGUCAUACUUGUGCUGUUCGGUCCCAUAUCGGUGCUGUUCGCAUUUAUGUCACAAACUGGACAUGUCGACUGGACUACCAUAUACUAUGCCAUACCAUUAGCAUUAAAUACCGAAGCUAUUCUGCACAGUAAUAAUACUCGAGAUGUGGAAAAUGAUCGUAAAGCUGGCAUUGUAACGUUGGCUAUUUUAAUUGGGCGCACUGCUUCACAUGUCCUAUAUGCAUUACUGCUAUUCACACCAUACAGUGUGUUUGUGGUAUAUGCCCUCAAAUACUCCUUGUGGUUUCUGCUGCCUUUAAUUACAGUACCGCAAGCUUUUCGCAUAGAAAAACAAUUCCGCAACGAACAUACAAUGCACAAUGUGCCAAGGCAGACAGCAAAACUGAAUUUCUUUUUCGGCAUUCUGUAUGUGGUGGCCUGUUGUUGUGCCUCUCAGCUGCCCAGCUUUACUUAUACGAAGCAUUGAGGGGUGGGGUGGAGUUGCAUACUUCAAAUUGUUCAUUUUUUGUUUGUCUAACACAAAAACACAUCAAUAUACUUAAUACAAUUGGCAUGUGGAAGAAAGAAUGUCAAAUUCCUUAUAUGCUUUCUUUUGUAUUGUUCUUAAGGUAUUUCAUAUUAUAUAAUGAUAUCAAUUUUGUAAAUCUAUUAUUACAAAACUUUUGUUACACAGAAAAAAAAAGAGAAAAACAAACAAAAAACUAAGAAAAAAACAAAACUCGAGUGAAAAAAACUUAUGCAUGAUCGAUAAAAAAAAAUCAUUUACAUACAUACAUACGAGUAUAUAAAAUAUUACAUUAGUGAAAAAAUUAGGGAAUUUUUUUUAACAAAUCCAUGAAAAGAAGUAUCGCAAGAGCCUACAAAUGAAACGUAAUAAAACAAUAAAAUACAUAUUGUAUUGAAUCAAUGAUUGAUGUAUGCAUGUAGGUAGUACUAAUUUAUAAGUUUUCCAUUAUAUAUUUUUCAUAGUUUUUAUUCAUUUCUUUUUAUUAUGUUUCAUUUAGUUUCAUUUUUUUUAUUUUAUUUUAAUCACUAUUUAAUUAAAACGAAAUAUAAAUGUUGUUACACAAUAUGAAAAAAAAGAUCGAAGAUACAUAUAAUUAAC